GUUUUAUGUUAAAAUAUUAGUUGAUUCAUAAUAAUAAAAAGUGUAAGUUUCGACUGGUCCCUUCCAAGAUGGCUGACAGUGCCGAUGCUAUUCACGGCAUUGCCGCAUAUUUAGGUGUAAAGUGUGGUAAAGUCACAUAUGAUGGCAAUGAGAAGAUACCUGUUAUGAAAGGAAAAACAGGAACUAGAAAAGGGUUUUCAACAAUCGUGAAGCAUCUCGCAAGAGCAGCAGAAAAUCACAAGUUGAUAGGUGUCAGUGCUCCAGAACAGGCAGUGGUGGACCAAUGGCUUGAGUACAAGACUUGUCAGUUAGACAGAUGUACAACAAAAAAUGACCUGUCUCCAGUGCUUCAGGAUUUAAAUAGCUAUCUCAUCGACAAAGUUUACUUUCUGAACCACCAGCUUUCCAUCAUCGAUCUGGCCCUGUACUAUGGACUGCAUAAUACACUGGCAAGCUUGACAUUCUUCGAAAAACAGAAGUACAUUAACUUGUCCAGGUGGUUUGAUAAUAUACAACAAGACCAGUCCAUUCGCCAGUCGUUCCAGAGGGUACAGUUCUCCAAAACAAAACUUUACUCUGGCUCUGCUCAUUGAUGUUUGCUUCUUUGAUAUUUAUUGACAAAAACAAUUUAAGAAACAUAGACAGUUAAUAGGGUUGUGAUGAAUGUUAAUAAUAAUGAUUUAAGCGCUUAUUUAGACUUCAUUCAGUCUAACCUUCUUAAGAAUUUUGGCGUUGGUAAUUAUGUGAGCUAGGCAUGAACUAUUCCAUAUACUGGUAAAAAUAGUUUGCUAGUGAAUUGUAUCUUAAUUUGAGAAUUUAUUAAAAAAAUUCAACACAA